CUCGGGGCGGGGCCGAGCGCUGCUUCCCCAGAGUGCGGGCGCGGUGAAACCAACGAGACGGAGGGCCAGAGAGUCAUGGCGCCAUUGAAGGUGCUGGAGCAGAAAGAGAUGGAAUUGGAGCUGAUCCCUAUGAUGAAAGAUCCGGACCCUUGUGUAGCUGUUCAGUGAAGCAGGAGGUGAAGAAAAAUGCCAUUUCAAGAACUAUAAUUUUAAAGAUAGUUUAGGUGGGAAGUAAUAAAUGUUCCCAGGACAUUAGAUAUUGGGAACGUAAGGGAGAGGAUAUUUGAAGGACGUUACUCAUGGUAACAAGGCAUAGGGUUAUUGACAAGUCAAUAGACGCUUCUCCCUUGCUGACUCCAGCUAGUGGGCCCCUUUCUGUCAAAGCUGGUACCAGGGACCACAAAAAUCCUGUCCAUCCAUUAUCCUGAUGUGAACCCGGUUUAUAUUGCUCUUUUUGGUUUAAGGCAUCUCCAGACAUGGUCCUCUGGUAGGAAACAGGUAUGAGUAGAGUAAUGAAGGGCAAAAUGGGAUGAGGGACCUGGAGUCUCCACCCUUGCAUUCCAACACUACCCUUACCCCGCAAAAGGAGGAUAUUGACCGACAGAGUAGUGCUAACCUGUGGCAGGGCUGGAGAAUUCCAAUUUCUAAAGUAAUCUUUUGCUUUGUCCCAUCGCCACUGUUCCCCACUUGUAGGUUUUUGCAACACCCCAGAGCCAGUAAAGUUUGGUGUUUCCCUUUCAAGAUGCCACUUUCAGACUUUAUUCUGGCCCUGAAGGACAAUCCCUACUUUGGGGCUGGAUUUGGACUGGUGGGUGUGGGUACAGUCCUGGCCCUUGCCCGGAAGGGUGCCCAACUGGGCCUGGUGGCAUUCCGGCGCCAUUACAUGAUCACACUGGAAGUCCCUGCUCGAGACAGGAGCUACGCUUGGUUGCUUAGCUGGCUCAUCCGCCACAGUACCCGUACUCAGCAUCUCAGUGUGGAGACUUCGUACCUUCAGCAUGAGAGUGGCCGCAUUUCCACUAAGUUUGAAUUUGUCCCCAGCCCUGGAAACCACUUUAUCUGGUAUCGGGGGAAAUGGAUCCGGGUAGAACGAAGUCGAGAGAUGCAGAUGAUAGACUUGCAGACGGGGACUCCUUGGGAAUCUGUUACCUUCACGGCCCUGGGCACUGACCGAAAGGUUUUCUUCAACAUCCUGGAGGAAGCUCGAGAGCUAGCCUUGCAGCAGGAGGAAGGGAAGACCGUGAUGUACACAGCUGUGGGCUCUGAAUGGCGUCCCUUUGGCUAUCCACGCCGCCGGCGGCCACUGAGUUCUGUGGUUCUACAACAGGGUCUGGCUGACCGAAUUGUCAGAGACAUCCGGGAAUUCAUUGAUAACCCCAGGUGGUACACUGACAGAGGCAUUCCCUACAGACGUGGCUACCUGCUUUAUGGGCCCCCUGGUUGUGGAAAGAGCAGUUUUAUCACAGCCCUGGCUGGGGAACUGGAGCACAGCAUCUGUCUGCUGAGUCUCACAGACUCCAGCCUCUCUGAUGACCGGCUCAACCACCUGCUGAGCGUGGCCCCACAGCAGAGCCUGGUGCUCCUGGAGGACGUGGAUGCUGCUUUUCUCAGUCGAGACUUGGCCGCGGAAAACCCAGUAAGGUACCAAGGCCUGGGUCGCCUCACCUUCAGUGGACUGCUCAAUGCCUUGGAUGGUGUGGCUUCCACUGAGGCCCGCAUCGUGUUCAUGACCACCAACCAUGUUGACAGGUUGGACCCUGCCCUGAUACGCCCUGGGCGAGUGGACCUGAAGGAGUACGUGGGCUACUGCUCACACUGGCAGCUGACCCAGAUGUUCCAGAGGUUCUAUCCAGGGCAGGCACCUUCCUUAGCUGAGGACUUUGCAGAACACGUCCUUCGAGCUACAACCCAGAUCAGUCCUGCCCAGGUGCAGGGCUACUUCAUGCUGUACAAAAAUGACCCUGUAGGGGCGAUUCACAAUACUGAGUCUCUGAGGAGGUGAUUAGGCUGCGCUUGGCUCAGCUCUCCUCCUCUAGUUCAAUAAACAUCUGCCACACUA